AUGUCACAGCCUUCCUCUCGUCAGACACAACAACAAAGUUUUGAUCCCUCCAGAAGGGACAGCCCAAGAAUCAGCCCAUGGGCGUCUGCUCCAAGACCUCCUCCUCAUCAGACCACACCGUCAACAGGGCAUGAACCAUCUCGCGCUACAGCGUCCACCACCCGGCCUGGCGCGUCAAACAGGACUCGGUACACCAGGCAAACUCGCCGAAGCUAUCGUGAUAGACACAGUAACGACGUCAACACCAACAACACCGCCACCACGAUCAACGACGACGACGAGAGUGGAAGUGAUGAUACGUCUGUUGACAAAGAGGAUGACUACGAAUGGAUUGAACCGUUAAUUCCGAUUGUCGUAUUUGGGCCGUUUGUUAUGUUGGUCUACGGUGCGCUGUUGUUUACGUUGCUGGGUAUGAAGGCAUGGAUAGCUGGAAUUCCCCUGGAAUCAAUUCUGUUGUUUCUCUAG